AUGAGGAAAGUUUCAGAAAAAAGUUCAAUUGUAUUAUUGCGUAUGUUAUGCAUGAUACUUCUAUUCCAAUUUUGUUUUUCCAUAACUUGCAUCCAAAAUGAGCUUGAAGCUCUUCUUCAGUUCAAGAGAAGUUUUGAUGAUCCUUACUAUCGCUUAGCUUCAUGGAAAGGAACAGAAUGCUGCAGUUGGGAUGGAGUUGGGUGCAAUCAAAUUACUCAACAUGUUACUAUGAUUGAUCUUCGAAGUGAUAUUAAUCAGGUCGACUUCUACUCAUUACCUUUAUCUGCCAAUUCCAUUGACUCUAGUUUGUUAGAGUUGAAAUACUUAAAUUACUUGGAUUUAAGUGGGAAUCACUUCAACUAUACUCAAAUCCCAAGCUUUUUAGGUUCAAUGGAAGAAUUAACGUAUCUUAAUCUUUCUUUCGCAUUAUUUUCUGGAAAACUUCCUCCUCAUUUAGGAAAUCUUACUAAAUUGGCUGUUCUUGAUUUAUCAUUUAAUUGGCCGGAAACCAAUGACGAUAUUGAAUGGAUAUCUCAUCUUUCAUCCUUACAGUUCCUUAGCUUGACUGGAAUUGACUUUUCGAAGACUUCCAAUUUAAUACAAGUUCUAACUUCUUUUCCUUGGUUGGUGUCAUUGAGAUUGAAUUAUUGUAACCUUCAAAACAUCCCCUUCUCUUUAGUUUCCUCAAAUUAUUCUUCAUUUCUUAGUAGAGUUCAGCUUCUAGACUUGUCUUACAACCAGUUAAGCGGUUCAAUUCCUAAGGCUUUUCAAAAUAUGACUUCCUUAAAAUUCUUAUACCUUUCAAGAAAUAAGUUCACUGGUAUUGAAGGUGGACUUUCUUCCUUCAUUAGAAAUAAUUGUGGUCUAAAAGUAAUUAAUUUAUCGAUGAACAAAGAUUUUGGUGGAGAUGUGUUUGACAGUAGUUAUGAGAAUGAAUUUGUGGGUUGCAGCCACGGACAUGAUCUUCAAGUGCUUCAAUUAAGUGAUACAUCUAUGAAAACCAAAAUCCCAAUAGAUUGGUUAGGGAAGUUCAAAAACUUGAAGUUGGUUGAUCUUUCAUACAGUAAGAUUCAUGGUUCAAUUCCAGCUGCACUUGGAAAUUUAUCCAGCAUUGAAUAUUUAGAUCUUUCAAACAACGCUUUAACUGGAGAAAUUCCAACCUCAAUGGGAAGAUUAUUGAAUUUGAAGGUAUUAGACAUAUCAAGCAACUCACUCAAAGGUGUUCUUACAGAAGCUCAUUUUGUGAAUCUUUCAAAGUUGCAUACCUUAUACUUAAGCUACAAUGAGCUUAUUUCAUUGGACAUGAAACCUAAUUGGAUUCCUCCAUUUCAAUUGAAAAAACUUGAUAUAGGUUCAUGUAUUGGUAGUUAUGGAAGUGAGUUCCCUCAAUGGCUUCAGACACAAAAGGCACUCGAUGAACUGUGGUUAUCCAACACAAGUCUCUCAGUUAGUUGUUUACCAACAUGGUUCACACCACAGAAUCUCACCACUUUGGAUCUUUCUCACAAUCAAAUAGUUGGACCAAUUUUUAACAGCAUUGCCGAUCAAAUGCCCAGAUUGACACAUUUGUUUCUCAAUGAUAACUUUUUGAAUGAUUCAUUACCACUCGUGCUUUGCAAAUUGAAGAGUUUGUUUACUUUGGAUCUUUCAAACAAUAGGUUAUCUGGAACGGUUCAUGGUUGUUUGUUUACUUUAAACUUGACUCUUUUGGAUUUGUCGUCCAAUUACUUCUCAGGGACGUUUCCAGAUUCACAUGCAAAUCCCUCUCUUCUUUAUGAACUAUUCUUAAGAAACAAUAAUUUUGAGGGAUCCAUGCCAAUUGUAUUGAAGAAUGCCAAAAGUUUGAAAAUUUUAGAUAUGGAAGGAAACAAAUUCUCAGGAAACAUACUUACAUGGGUAGGAGAUAAUCUUCAAAGUUUACAAGUUCUAAGACUACGAAGCAAUUUGUUCAAUGGUACUAUUCCUUCAAGUCUUUGCAACCUCCCCAAUUUGCAAAUUCUCGAUCUUGCACACAACCAAUUGGAUGGAAGUAUCCCAUCAAAUCUCAACAAUUUCGACGUAAUGAUAACAGGAAAGGGCAUACAAGAAUUCAUUCGAUUUUGUUGGCGUCGUCUAUGCUUGAAUACUGAAAAAAAUGUGGUGCAAUUUAUCAAAUCAAAUCAUUUCAAUUACUCCACAACACAACUAAGGUUAAUGGUGAAUAUAGACCUAUCCAAUAAUUCUUUGGUGGGCUUCAUACCAAAAGAGAUAACAAUGCUUAAAAGGUUGAUUGGAUUGAACUUGUCCUACAACAAUUUAAUUGGGACAAUUCCUAUGGAAAUUGGAGAACUAGAGUCGUUAGAAUCACUCGACUUAUCUUUCAAUAAACUUUCUGGACGAAUUCCUCAAAGCUUAUCAAAAUUGAACUCAUUAGGUGCAUUAGAAUUAUCCCACAACAAUUUCUCUGGCAAUAUUCCUCGAGAGGGCCAUCUAUCUACCUUCAAUGAGGCUUCAAGUUUUGACGAAAACCUACAUCUUUGUGGAAAUCCACUCCCAAUAAAAUGUGUGAAUGAGAAUCCAUAUGAGCUACCAUCUAAAAACAUUGACGACAAUCUAGAUCAAGAUCAGGAAGAUAAAUGGGAAAAGUGGUUGCUUUACAUUACGAUAAUACUCGGUUACAUAGUUGGAUUUUGGGUAGUUGUUGGAAGUUUAAUAUUGAAGACGGGUUGGAGACAUGCUUAUUUCAAGUUUGUGGAUGAGGGUUAUUACAAGGUUCAUGCAACAAUUUGGAGGAGCUAG